GUGAAAGCAAAGCAGGAGCUGGAGGUGAAAGUGAAGUCAUUCGCCCCUCCGUAUGUGAGUAAUAAACCUCUCUUCUUAAUUCGGAGCCUUUUUAACCGAACGUAUUCUUAGCAUCUAUGUUUAAUUUCUGUGUUGUAAAUGGUGAAAGAUAAAACUCUCUGUAGUAUUGCCCUGUAUUUACCUCCACCCUGAGACCCAAUAUAAAGGAGAAACAGGAAAAUGGGCAAAGAGAUUUGUCGAUGUUACAGACAGAUUGACACAUUUUGUUGGUGUUUUCAGGUCAGUUUAUUACAUCUGGUUUUUUGUGUGCGGUAACCAUAGUUUCAUAACGCACAGCCGUUCUUCACCCCAAACUCAUCAGUCAUUUCCGCUACUGUGAAGUUGGCGCUCUUUUGUGAAAUGUAUCAUUUUGUAAAAAAUAGCAACCUUUAAGCAGAGAAAAUGCAACAAUUUUUUAGACAAUUUAUAGAACAAUUUGAUAAAUACAAACAUAUUAGAGAGCAAAAAUAAAAGUCACUUUCAGAGCACUUUGAUAAAUCUCCCCCAGAGCAAUGUGCGCUCUAACCAUUGCAGGACUGAUUGUUUCUGAGGGGCAUUCACCAUGGAAACCAAUGGAAUGUUCCUGCUGAUUGCUCUACAACUGUGAUAGUCACCAUGGAAACCAAUGGGAUGUUCCUGCUGAUUGCUUCACAUCUGUAACAGUCACCAUGGAAACCAAUGGAAUGUUCCUGCUGAUUGCUCUACAGCUGUAACAGUCACCAUGGAAACCAAUGGAAUGUCCCUGUUGAUUGCUCCACAGCUGUAACAGUCACCAUGGAAACCAAUGGAAUGUUCCUGCUGAUUGCUUCACAGCUGUAACAGUCACCAUGAAAUACAGUGGAAUGUUCCUGCUGAUUGCUCCAUAGCUGUAACAGUCACCAUGGAAACCAAUGGAAUGUAACAGUCACUAUGGAAACCAAUGGAAUGUUCCUGCCGAUAGACCCACUUGGCCCCUGAAUGCUCUGUUUCCUUGUUUUCCUUUCUAGGCCAGCGACCCAGAGCUCUACCUGCUGCCAGGAGUGGAGGGCGAGGGAAGCUCCUAUGCAUCAUCAGUCACUCCCGCGGGGUAUAAUGUGGAGCACCCACCCUGGGACCAGCCUUUUAUACACCCCGCUACUGACAGUGGCAGGAGGUCACCAAAAGCACCGCUAAGAGAAAGGGACAGAAACCCUUUAAUCUCCAAAAGCAAAGAGCAGGAGGGGAUGCCAUCUCUGAAUCUACUGAACUAUCCCAGACAGAGCGUGGAUGAGCAACUUACUGCAGCAGCCACAGGUGGGUCCACGGGAAUCGGAGGAUUGUGUGAUAAUUAUUACUGUAAUAUCAGAACUUGGGAGUGUUAG